ACGUUAGGGCGGAACUCAUACCAGGAAUCCAAAGGAGCGAGACGACGAACAAUAUACUGUGGUAAGCAUAUCAGGGCCACACGCUGAAGCUUCGCGAAGUUCACAGAAUCACUUGCCAACUUUAAGCUGCUUUACCGUGGGUACGUUGUGUAAAGUUCUGUCCCGACCGAAGAUGUCGAAACUAACGAACGUGGUAAUCUUCGUACUGAUUGCUUUCGUGCAACUUGGAUCCUGUCUUCAGUGCUAUAAAUGCUCUGGAGAUUCAACAGAAUGUAACAGUGGAGCAGCAAAAGAGACAUGUCUUACAGGAUUCACCAGUUGUGCAUCCCUGGUGUUAAACAGUGCCGAGAGCAUGCAUUUUAUGUUUGGGUGUGCCAAGCCUCAAGACUGUGACGCUGCAGCAGCUCUCUGUACUGAAGUCACGAAAGACGGUUCGCAAAUCACUUGUAACGCCACGUGCUGCAGUGGAAAUAAUUGCGUCACACCGUAUCCUAAAGCUCAUAAGCCCAGAAAGUGCUACGAAUGCGCAUCAAUGGCAGAGUGUGACGCAGCCACACCCAAAGUAUGUCCCAAUGUUGACGAUCGCUGCUACAAGGUAUCCACUGAAGUCACCCACAAAGAAGUUAACGUCGAGUUAACGACAUACAGUAAAGGGUGUGCUACAAAGAGCCAAUGCGAUAACAAAGACGCCCAUUUCUUCUACCAGACAUGCGCAGCAGAUGACGACAGUUCUUGCGACAUGACCUGUUGUGAAGGGGACAUGUGUAAUGCUGGCUCCAAUUUUGUGGUCAGCGCAUUCACUUUGCUGGCAUGCGCACUUUUUGCAGUUGUUCGUUUAUAAAGAAUUAGUAUUUACAAUAUCACGCGAGUGAUUUGUGAAUUGUGAUGUUGAUAUCUCCUAUAUAUUCGGUAUCUUUUUCCUCAUAAUAUAGGCAUUUUAGUCUCAGUACAGUUUAAUCAAAGCUUUACCUCACACGUAAAUCUUAGGUAUUAGAAAGGAGGCAAAUAGUUCUUUUUUGUACAUUUUACUUCAUUUUAAUGAUAAAUUGCUAGUCUGAUUUCCAGCUUGUGAAAUAAGGUAAGGUAAAGUCUGCAUCGGACCAAGUUAUCUAUGCAACCGGAGCCUAUCCAGGUUUCCUUAGCAUUAAGCGACUGGGAAACAAAUAAGUUAGUUGAGAUGCCAAUCGCCCUUAUCCUGAUUUUUCAUACACUUGGAUGAAGAAAAGGACUAUUAAAGUGUCUUUAUUACCUAAGAACACAACACAAUGAGCCCAUGUAGCCUGGGCUCAAACUUGGACACUGCGACUCCUCGGCUUGUGAAAUACUUCACCCAAAAUAGUAUUUUGACACUAAUUUGGGUGUAGUAUUUUACCAGUAUUUGACUAGAAAGUGUGUUCGGCUAAGUAUGGAAAAUCGAUUCAACUGACGGUUAUUUUUGUAGUAUUAUGCAAUAAAGGAAUCUUGUUUUUCA